AUGCCGAUCCCAGGAACUACGAUGUUAAAGAGGGACGUGUGUGACUCCAACCCAUGCAAAAAUGGUGGCAUCUGUCUGUCUGGGCUGAAUGAUGACUUCUACUCAUGCGAGUGUCCUGAAGGCUUCACAGACCCCAAUUGCUCUAGUGUUGUGGAGGUUGCCUCUCUUGAAGAGGAACCAACUUCAGCAGGACCCUGCCUUCCUAAUCCAUGUCAUAACGGUGGGAUAUGUGAAAUUAGUGAAGCAUACCGAGGCGACACAUUCAUAGGAUAUGUUUGUAAAUGCCCAGAGGGAUUUAAUGGGAUUCACUGCCAGCACAAUGUAAAUGAAUGUGAAGCCGAACCCUGCAAGAAUGGUGGAAUCUGUACAGAUCUCGUGGCCAACUAUUCCUGUGAAUGUCCAGGUGAAUUUAUGGGAAGAAACUGCCAACAGAGAUGCUCUGGCCCACUAGGGAUAGAAGGAGGAAUUGUGUCAAACCAACAAAUUACUGCGUCAUCCACUCAUCGAGCUCUUUUUGGCCUCCAGAAAUGGUAUCCAUACUAUGCACGACUUAAUAAGAAGGGUCUUGUGAAUGCUUGGACUGCUGCAGAAAAUGACAGAUGGCCAUGGAUUCAGAUAAAUCUGCAGAAGAAGAUGCGAGUCACUGGAGUUAUAACUCAAGGUGCCAAAAGGAUUGGAAGUCCAGAAUAUGUAAAAUCUUACAAAAUUGCAUACAGUAAUGAUGGGAAGUCGUGGACAAUGUACAAAGUAAAAGGCACAAAUGAAGAUAUGGUGUUUCGUGGAAAUGUGGACAACAACACCCCGUACGCUAACUCCUUCACCCCUCCGAUUAAGUCGCAGUACAUACGGCUGUAUCCUCAGGUGUGCAGAAGACACUGCACGUUGAGAAUGGAACUUCUUGGCUGUGAACUGUCAGGUUGUUCUGAACCCCUGGGGAUGAAAUCAGGACAUAUACAGGACUACCAAAUUACUGCCUCUAGUGUUUUCCGUACACUCAACAUGGACAUGUUUGCUUGGGAGCCCAGGAAAGCCCGGCUGGACAAGCAAGGCAAAGUUAACGCCUGGACCUCUGGCCACAAUGACCAGUCACAGUGGUUGCAGGUUGACCUGCUUGUCCCUACGAAAAUCACUGGCAUAAUUACCCAAGGAGCUAAAGAUUUUGGUCAUGUCCAAUUUGUGGGAUCCUACAAGCUUGCUUACAGUAAUGAUGGGGAGCACUGGAUUGUAUACCAAGAUGAAAAACAAAAGAAGGAUAAGGUGUUCCAGGGAAAUUUCGACAACGACACGCACCGUAAGAACGUCAUCGACCCUCCGAUCUAUGCCCGGCACAUCCGCAUCCUCCCGUGGUCGUGGUACGGCAGGAUCACCCUGCGGUCGGAGCUGCUGGGCUGCACAGCGGAGGACUGAGGCAGAUCUCCGUUGGGCAUCGCAGCUCUCGGUGUAGCUACAAGUCCCUCCGUAGAAGAAACUGUGCAAAGCCUGUAGGAUGCUGAGUGGGUUUUUCAUGAACAAGUGCUUAUUCUAUGGUAGGCCGCUAACUGUCUUUCACAAGGAGGUCUAAGCCUGCCCUUUAAAUGAUCCAAUCCGAUUUUGUCCUUGAAAUCUGUUAGUGUUGUCCCUUCUGCUGUGGAAUUAUCUUUCUAGUUCUCCUUUGAGUUGUUCACACUAGUUGAAACGUGUUAGGGAAAAACAGCAGCAUCCUUUUUACAAGGGAAGAGAAAUAGCAUGACAAAGCUCAUUUGCAGCUUUAGAAACACUGGGCUGACGAGUUCUCCAUAAAUCAUACUGUCAUCUUACUUGCAAAAAGUGAUACUGCAGCUUUUAGCAAUAAGUUUACUUGGGGAUGACUGCAUUAUAGUAAUUGUGCCUAUCAAACACUGUCAGUAUUUAUGAC